AUGGGGGCAGUGGGCGAGGUGGGUACAUUUUCCUUGCACGGCCUGGAUAGCUUCGGACACGGAUCACUUGUCCUGACGCCCGCUGGGGACACCCGGAUGAUGAGCGAGCACCUGGUGUCGGCCGAGAGGUUGUCGCGGAGCACGCCGUCGGAUCUGACGCAUCUGAAGGGGAUUCUACGGAGGAGGCAGCUGUACUGCAGGACCGGGUUCCACCUCGAGAUAGAUACGCCCGAUGGCACAGUGCAAGGCACCAGGAAAGACCAUAGCAGAUUUGGUAUUUUGGAGUUCAUCAGCUUGGCUGUGGGGAUGGUGAGCAUCCGUGGGGUGGACAGUGGAUUAUACCUGGGCAUGAACAGCAAGGGAGACCUCUACGGCUCUGAGAAGCUGACAGCCGAGUGCGUGUUCCGGGAGCAGUUUGAGGAGAACUGGUACAACACGUACUCAUCCAACCUCUACAGACACGGUGACCGGGGAGCGCACUACUUCGUGGCGCUCAACAAGGACGGCACGUCCAGGGACGGCGCCCGCUCCCGGCGACACCAGCGCUUCACCCACUUCCUGCCCAGGCCCGUAGAUCCCGACCGUGUACCCGAACUCUACAGAGAGGUCCUGGGCCACAGCUGAGACCCGGUGGGAGUGUGUUGGUCCCUGCGGCGCUACACACCCAGCACACUGCACCGUGACUCUCAGUACUCUCCUAUGAAGGGUCUGCAUAUCGUCAGUCUCCCUAUGGCUUCCUAUGGAAACAAAAUGGAGGAAAGGUCGCUUGGGGGCAGUGGGGUGGAUAGCAAAUAUGUGUGAAGCCUGGCCUUGCGGUCCCCGAAAAUGGGUCAAGGCCAGUGCAGCCCCAGGAGAAAGGAGUACAGGUGUUUAAUAGGGGCUUUUUGGCCAAAAGAGAGGCUGGCCUGGUGGCCAUCUUUGUUUUGAGCAUCGUGUUGGAAGGUGAAGGGAUCACCUCCAGAGCUGCUGAUGUCAUCUUUCCGGAUGGUUCUUCUUCACCACCCCCUGAGUGGCUUCUGACAUUCUGAUUGGUCAGUCUAUUUGUAGUGAAAUGGGAGUAGGAGAAGAAGAGUGGAUGGUCCUCCAGCGGAGUGUAGACUUUGUGUUCUUCUGUGGUACCCCAAGGUGGACUGUUUUGACGAAACACUCUAGAAGAUUUGUGAAGGAAUUCUGUUCUGAACCUUCCGUAACUGCAUUCUAUUCCCUGACACGAGCAUGGACGAGAAAAAAAGACUUACAAAAUAACCUUAGCCUGUUUCAGUUUUUUUAAUUUAUGCAUUUUUCUGGGACAUAUAUUUAUUUUAUAUAUUUAUUUAUUUUGAGAAUAUAUUUUUUACAGGUAUAUAUAACAUAUUAAAAAUAAGCCAUCAGAGAUGUAUUUUGUGCCACUGUGUAAAGCACUGCAUUUGACAUGUCCUUUCAAACUGACUGAAGAAAUAUUUUCCUAGGAGUUUUUAUUUAGACAAUGGUUGUGUAAGGCCGCGUUGCCACUAUUCCCGAGCUUGUCAUCAUCGGGGGCGUCCAUGUUUCUCUUAUGUCAUCAGAAAGAGCCAGAGUUCCACUGGGUUCCAGUGAGGAAUAAACCUGUUAACACUUCA